AACCCACAAUCAUUCGUUCCUGGAUACAGCCAACGUUAAUAGAAGUAAUUAGGGGAAGACGAAAAGGACAAGACUCAUCAUUAUCAUAUCCAUCGACUCGAGAGCAAAGACUGAGUAGACACCGAGCCCGACACUUCCUGUACAUCCGAGGGGAUUUUGCGUGAAAUACGCCACCCUCAGACCACCUGCCGUCUUUAAGCCACGUUCCCUCGUAUCGCCCCUCUGUGGUAGACCUGAGUGAAUGGAUCGACCUUAUCACAGCCGAUGAAGUGUCACCCAGCAUCCGAUCUCGUGCCGCGCCGGCUCUUGAUGGAGUAACGCUCCGCCAGCACAGGUCUUGCAGAUCCCCUAUUCGACGACUGGUGUCUCGGCAGCAAGAGGAGAAACGGACUUGCCGUUUAUCGCUUAUACUAAGAAAUACGGAGCAAUCGGCUUUAAACAAAAUUUAGUCCAAGAGCCGAAGCCUAUUUGCUACGGCAACUUCAUGGAACGACUUUGCAUCUUUGAUUGUGAAGUUUAGAGGAAAGCCGAGUCAAACUGCCUGCGGGGUCUCUAAAGAUUGAGGCUGGAGGAGCACUUGUUGCGUGCUUGGAACAUCUCUCUCCUGAUAGCUAAGCCGCCUGGUUAUUAACGUUAAAUCAGAACCGGUAACCCUUCGAUUCCCUCCUAGUGGCAUUCAUCAUAUAGCACUUCACUUUAUCACAUAAUCUCAGCGAGAGAUUCCGUUUCACUCUUGGUCCUUCCGGCGACGGAACACAGCCAAUUGUUGCCGUUGAUAGAAACACCCUCUUGAGUUGGAUGGGAUUUGCAGUCAAGGAGUUUAGCCUAAGGUCCAUCGGGCGAAAAUAACGUCCAUCUCUCCAUCUCUCGGCUUUACAUUUUGGAAGACAACAACAGUACGAUUCGUCUGAGGAGUCGAUCAUCGAGUCAACGAGACUGAGUAUAAAGACGGCUAGGGCCGCGCUCUCUUAAAACUCAUAUGAGAAAAAUCAAUUUGUUCUGGAUCACACCUGCUUUUCGACAUUCAUUGGGAUUUUCCGAUCAUUUACGACGUAAAUUGACAUGGUGGUGCUUAAAUAUGGAAAUACUGUCGUCGCCAUGUCUAGUACGAAUGUGCUUUAAAGACUGACUCAACUGAAGCACGCUAAUCAUUUUGGAGUUGCAUUUGCACGGGAACUGGUGCGUUGUAACAAUGGUGUUUGGGCCUUUCGGAGAGCUGGACCCAACAUCUGACGUGGGUAACAGCACAGGGUCUCAGCAUGAGAACCUGUCUAUCACGUUGGAUAAUGAGGCUGGCGGACACUGGAAUGGACAGGGCCAGUUUGACCCGUAUGACUACGGGCCAGACUACGAACACAAACCGGUGAUCUCCUACCCGCAUAUCCACAUUGCGGCCAAGAUUAUCUUGUGUACCAGCUACGCCCUCAUGAUGAGCGUCUGCGGCAUCGGCAACUUGCUCCUCUGUUACGUCAUCUACCGCUUCAGGCGCAUGCGUACCACCACCAACCUGUUGAUUGGUAACCUGGCCCUGUCCGAUUUCUUGGUGGCCGUCAUAUGUGCCCCUCUAAGCUUCUACCAAUAUCUCUAUCAGCAUUGGCCGUUUGGUACCGCCAUGUGCGUCAUCACCAACUACCUGAAGUUCACAUCACUGUACGUUUCGACCAACUCCCUUCUCGCUAUCGCUAUAGAUAGAUACGUGAUUAUCAUGCACCCUCUGAAACCGCGCAUGACCAAAUGCACAGCCAGCGUGGUCCUGGUUUGCAUAUGGCUAGUCUCCAUGAUAGUCGUCAUUCCGUCUGCAGUCUUCACCAACACCCACGCGAUCACCAACGAGUGGGGCGAAUCGGCCAGGCGCUGCGGUGACUACUGGAAAAACCUGACCCUGAUGAAGGCCCACACUCUCUUCUUGGCCAUUGUGGAAUUCCUAAUGCCGCUGACCGUCAUGUCCAUUGCCUACGUCAUCAUCGCCAAGAAGCUGUGGUUCAGGGAGGUUCCCGGGGGUCACGUGACCGUCCAACAGGAGCUGGCCGCCGAGUCGUCCAAGCGGAAGACGCUGCGCAUGCUGAUCAUCGUGGUGGCGCUGUUCGCGCUCUGCUGGGCACCUUUCUACGCCUUCACCAUCAUCCGGGACUUUGUCUACCCUUCAGAGGCCCUGCCCCUCUUCGGCACCUUCGAGAACGCCUAUUACAUCGUGGAGGCGCUGGCCAUGAGCAACAGCAUGUUCAACACGCUCAUCUACAUCGUCUUCAACGCCAACUUCCGGAAGUUCGUGCGUCAGAUACCCGAAUCCUGCCGGGUGAUGCGGAGGAGUCCCCGGCGUAACCGCAACAAGUCCGGACGGCGUUACUGGUACCCGCUGAUGUCCAACUCGCACGGACUGAGGAGCUCCAUCCGAUCCAGCCUAGCGAGGUCACAUUCCACCAACAUCUCCCGACUGGCUGUAAGGCGGGAGCCCUCUGCACCAUCGAGCAGUACUCCAUCGGGACGCAGCGGCUGAAAAUACUAACAUAGGUUAUAUCAAAUAUUUGUUGCUGAAACCAAGGCUUACAUUGAGCUGUAUGGGCGUUGUACAUUAUAUUACCUUAACUGACAGCGUUCCUUGAUAUAAAAAAACGCAAUCCAACGACUUUCAGCGUUGCACAGACCUUAUGUGAUAAGGCGGAGUUAGAAGCAAUGGUUUUGUAUUGCGUGGAUAGACAUGAGUAAACCUUUAGUGCAUUCAUGUUUAUUCAAUUAAAAUGACGCCAGCAACGCAUACGGUCUAAUAAAAAAAAAGAAGUAACAGUAAUAAUUUCGAGGCUGGUUCAGAUUUAUUGCAGGCAUAAUUAGCCUUUAAAAGACAGUCAUUGUGUUAGCGGCCGUACCUAUGUUGCUCAAUAGCGCGGGGUUCAAUUUAGCUCGGCAUAAGAUUGAAAACUGCCAUUACUUAGGUUUCAAUAGAUCUGAGACAUGAUGACGCCACGCUUUGUUUAUAUGUGCACUUUCCUAUGGGAGCAAGGUGGGACAAGUGGCUCUCGUCCGCAACUGGCUUCUAGAUGAAUAGCGCACAUGUACACAAAACGUGAAGUCAUUAUUUCUUAGGUCUAUUGCUAUGCCCACCAUUAGCUAAGUAACUAAUGAGCAACUUAGCUUAUAAGGCCGUGAUCUAGUAUAUUGUAAGGUUCUUCAUCCAGAACAAUAUUUGUUGUCCACAGGACAAUAGACUGAGUUAAGAAAAGUCUUGUCGCAAAAACUAGCACUGCACUAGCAGGCACCGCUUUGCCUCACUGCUGAGGAAUCAACGAUGUUAAUCUCAGGACCUUAAAUCGUACCUAAAGGAGAUUCAAUACAGCACGAAGCGCAAAACAGAUUCACCUGUCAGUAACUGGAUAAGUGUAUAUAAUCCUCCGAUAUCGGUGUCAAGACCUGUCGACCAGUGAUCUCAAUUGCAUGGACUUCCGUCUUGUUUUCGUCCCUUCGCCAUAGGGGAAAGAAAUAAUCAUGCUAGCAUCUAAAGUGGUGUGAAUCAGAAGUCUUGUGUGUAGUCCUUGCGAGGGCACGAUUCGGAGCCCCGUUACCCCGGGCCGUUCAAUCAAAAAGUAGAUUCGAUCUUUGUCCAACAUCGAGAGCAAGGAACUUCCUAUGUGAGUGCCGGCCAUCGAUUUUUGCUUUCCUCUCGCUGCACCCAUCGCCGUCCGUACCCGGGCGGUGAGUUUGCUUGUAUAGGGCAAGGUGUGUGUGUGCGCGUGUGAGGUCGAGCGGCGAAA